CAACACUACUAUAUAACAAAUAAUUUGAGGCAUGGCACGAGAUAACUGGGACGGAGCAGAUCCCAAGUAUAUCGGUAAGGUAUAUGUUGGUGGUAUCGGAGCUGAUGUGACACGCAGUGAACUUGAGGCAGAGUAUGGCAAGUACGGAUCUAUUCGCGAUGUCUGGAUUGCACAUAAUCCUGCUGGAUUUGCUUUUGUUGAGUUUUAUGAAGAGAGGGAUGCAACGGACGCAAUAAGAGCAACUGACGGAAAAAGAGUUUGUGGGUACAAAGUAUCAGUAGAAGCGAGUCACGGAAGGAAAAGCAAGCGGAAGCGGUACUUAGAGGAUGUGCGCUGCUACAACUGUAACCGGUGGGGACAUCUAGCUAAAGUUUGUACUCGUGCGUAUGGAGACUACAGAAGGUCACCACCCCGUGGAGGAUCCCGUUCACCGGGCCGAGGAUCCCGUUCACCACGCCGCUCACGAUCACCCCGACGAAGUGGUAACCGCUCCAGGUCCCGGUCCCGGUCUCCACGGCGCAGGACGAGAUCUCCCUCACCUUGCAGAUCUAGAUCUCCCCGCCGCAGUAAAGACAAAUCUCGUGAUAGAUCUCGUGAUAAGAGACGUGAUAGGUCCGGGGAUAGGAGUAGGAGUAAGAGAAAGACGAAGUCAAGGAGUCGUUCCAGAUCUAGAGACCGCAGCCCCAGGAGGAGCAAAUCACGUGAAGACAGAAGUAAAUCUCGUGAAAAGUCACAUGAGAGGUCACGUGACAAAUCUGCUGAAAGAUCUGAAGAAAGGAGGCACUCGAUGAGCCUAGAAAAAGAUGAUUUGAAAGAAGAUUUCGUACAGCAAGAUGAGGAGAACUAAGAAAGUAGUUAAAUUAUAAUCAGUGAACUGUGCCUGCCUGUUUGUAUUGUGGCGAAACUAAAACAAACAGUUUAUUAGUGGGGUGAUUAAAUGUAACAUCUUUGUUUUAACUGGAACUUGUCCACGAGGGACAUGCUUUUUUGUUUUUAUAUUUUUACUGAAAGAAUGAUUGUGCAUCUAUUUUGAAGUACCGAAACUAAUUUUGGUUUGUAAUUGGAAAAUCUGUGAUUGUGCGUUUUUUCAAACUUGAGCGCACUUUAUAUAAGAUAAAUUCCCUGUAACAGUGUAACUGUUCGAAUGUCGACCCAUGA